ACAAACACAUAAAAUAGUCUCCGAGCUUUUAAUAUAUCAGACUUGUUGAACUUGGCUUUAGAUUUUUUUGGAUGAAAUGUAAAUAUAUAUUAACACCCAGAAAAACUAUACAUCACAUAUCUUAGAUCUUCUAAAACCUCCCCCACCUCCACAUAAAGUGAGGGUGAGAGGAGGUUUUUAUUUGAUCUAAUCUAUGCCAAAAUAACCAAGUAUAAUACUUGUCUCAUCAAGAGGUUCAAAAUAAUACAUCCGUGCAGCCACUAAAUCAAUAAUCAAAAACUAUGAAGGCGCUACAAGGUACACACUAAUCCCAUGUAUAGUCUAUGUCAUGGCAUCCAAAAAAGCUUGACUCCACUUUAAAAAUUUAUCAAAUCAUGUGGGUAGAUACUAAAAAGUAUCUUGUAGACCACAUGCUUGAUUUUAGCCACAACAUCAUCAAAUCUUUUCACAUUCCUUGGCUUUAGAGAAUUCAUUUUUGGAGUCUGAAUUCCAUCACUCUCUGUUUAGUCAAGGUUUGACCAAACGCCCCACUUAAAAGAAGCAAAAAUCUUGAAACUUGUUACCCGAGGAGUGGGCAUAUAGUAAAAAUUUAAAAGUUGGGUGGAUCCAAACCAACUUCAAUCAACUUUUUCUUCAUCAUCAUUCAAUGUUCACACUUCCUUGAUCUAUAUAAUUGCUUGUUAGCUUGCUGGAAAGGGGCAGCCUUGGCAUCUUGCUGUAAGUAGCAGCUAACACAAACUAUAAACACUCGAAAUCCUUAGGAAUCAUAGUACGUAAAGAUGGAAGAAAUGGUAGGAGAGAUCGUGGUUGUGCCAUUUUUCGGCCAAGGCCAUCUCUUCCCCAGCAUGGAGCUCUGCAGGAAAUUCUCAUCUUUCAAUUACAAAGCUACUCUGAUCAUCCCCUCUCAUCUCUCCUCUUCCGUACCCUCCGAUCUCCGCGGCCAUCCUUUUAUACAAGUUGUUGAAAUCCAUGCCAGCUCCGAUCCUGCUCCGCCGCCACCGCCGCCGGAGAUGGGUCACCCACGAAACCAGUUUCGUCAGCACCAUCAGCAGAUGGGGGAUGGGAUCGAGAAGAUCUUGUCAGAGAGGUAUGACGGGUCUCCGGGAAAGACCAGACCCGAUUGCGUAGUGGUCGAUACGAUGAUGAGUUGGAGCAGUGAGAUCUUUGCGAAAUUCGGUAUACCCACCGUCUCUUUCUUCACUUCCGGCGCGUGCUCCGCCGCCAUGGAGUUCGCUGCGUGGAAGAACAAGGCCGACGAUAUGAAACCGGGAGAGAUCCGGAUCCUCCCCGGGUUACCCGAAAGCAUGGCCCUGAGUCACUCAGAGAUGAAGAGGCGUCGCCGAUACGGCCCUCGUGGACCGCCGCCUCAUUCUCCUCCACACCACGGCGGAGGGAUGAGACACGGGCCUCCCGGACCUGGACGAAAACCUAUGUGGUUGGAGGAGACGGAGUCAUCAAUCGCGUUCCUUAUCAACACCUGCGACGCUCUGGACCGUCCGUUCAUCGAUUACUUAUCAGACCAGAUUCAGAAACCGAUCUGGGGAGUCGGGCCGUCGCUGCCGGCGCAGUUCUGGGAAUCGCGCCGCUCGAUCCUCCGCGACCACGAGGUCCGGUCGUCGCACCAUGAAUCCAAUUUCACGGAGGAUGAGGUGGUGCAGUGGCUGAGCACGAAACCACGCCGGUCGGUGAUCUACGUCUCGUUCGGAAGCGAAGUGGCCCCAACCAUGGAGGAAUCUGCUGAGCUAGCCAGUGCACUGGAAGAAUCAACCCGGCCAUUCAUAUGGGUCAUCCAACCAGGCUCCGGCAUACCCGGACCUCCGGUCGGGCUAUUUGGUGAGAAGAAGAAGACAACCGAUUCAAACGACGAAGGAUACUUCCCGCAUGGUUUACAAGAGAGGAUUGGGAACAGGGGAUUGAUCAUCAAAGGAUGGGCGCCGCAAUUGUUGAUAUUAAGCCAUUCCUCCACCGGAGGAUUCUUGUCGCACUGCGGAUGGAACUCGGCGGUGGAGUCGAUGGGGAGAGGGAUCCCGAUUCUGGGAUGGCCGAUUCGGGGCGACCAAUUCUCCAAUGCCAAAUUGAUCGCAGAUCAUUUGAAAGUCGGACAUGUACUAUCAUCCGGUGAAACGGAGACGGUGAAGAGAGAUGAAAUUUCGAGCGGAAUUGAGAAAUUGAUGAAGGAUGAAGAGGUUGAGAAAGGAGCGUUGGCGUUGAAAUCGAUAUUUGAGGCUGGUUUUCCUGAGAGCUCGACCGCAUCUUUCAGCUCAUUCAUUAAGCUGUUAUUGUCCAGCAAAUAGAUUGUCACUCACACAGUCACACGCUUAGGGAAAAAUACAGACCAGAACUCUUCUCCUAAUCCUCAACAAAAAUUUUAUAGACAGCCCAUAUUGUAUCCACCUCCCAAUUGUCUGUAAUUUUCUGUCCAACUGUUUGUGUACACAGGCAGUGUACACGUUGAGGUACAAAUUGGGGUACAUCAACGUAAUUGGCAGGUAAUUUCCUCUCAAUUAUCAGGCUUGUGUUCCUAUUUAUAUAAGGAUAAAGCUUUAUAAUAAGGAUGUUUCCUUUUGGGUUGUGUUCAAUUAUCAGGCUUGUU